AUGAAAUCACGAGGACAGUGGUGAAAAGCGGAAGUUGAGCGACAACAACAAGAGCUGCCAGAUUUCUUCUGGAAAACACCACAAGGAAGCUAAAACAUUUCAAUCACUUGUUAGUUUGGUGCCACAAACCUCCGGCGGUCAACACACAUUGUUUUCGUUGACAUUCGGCGCAAACAUGUCGCUGCUCGGUAAGUUAUUCGGCAUCAGUAACAAGGCAGGCAAGUCGCCCACACCCCAGGAAGCUGUUCAGAAACUACGAGAGACCGAAGAGAUGUUAACCAAAAAACAAGAAUUCUUGGAGAAGAAAAUCGACCAGGAGACUCUGACAGCCAAGAAGCACGGCAUGAAAAACAAACGAGCGGCGCUGCAGGCCCUGAAGAGGAAAAAACGUUAUAUGACCCAGCUGCAGCAGAUUGACGGCACCUUGUCCACCAUCGAGUUCCAGAGGGAGGCGCUAGAGAACGCCAACACUAACACAGAAGUGCUGAAGAACAUGGGCUUUGCUGCCAAGGCCAUGAAGGCCGCACACCAAGACCUGAACAUCGACAAAGUGGACGACCUGAUGGCUGACAUCACGGAACAGCAGGAGAUCGCACAGGAAAUCACAAAUGCCAUUUCCUCUCCCAUUGGGUUUGGUGACGACGUGGACGAGGAUGAGCUCCUGGCAGAGCUGGAGGAGAUGGAGCAGGAAGAGCUGGACAGAAAUCUUCUGGAAGUGGAAGGAACAUCAGACGUUCCUCUGCCAAACGUCCCAUCUACAUCACUGCCAUCUAGACCAGCCAAAAAGAAGGAGGAGGAAGAUGAGGACGACAUGGCCGACCUGCACGCCUGGGCCACCAACUAAACCUCGCAGGCCACGCUAGCUGGUGUCCCUCCACCUGUCCUCGUCCUCACCCCCUGCCAAGUGGGACCUGGACUCUGGGCUGCUGAGCUGGCACGCUGCUGCAACGUCCCCCACCCCCGUACCUCCAUCCCGAAGUAUGCACUUGUGCACGUGAGAAUAACACAGCGAGAAGGUCUUUGUUGUUUGGGUCGGUCCUCACUCGGGUGCACCAGUGCAUGCUGGGAGCAGCAACACCACGUCUCCACCGUGAGAAGAAUGUGAAGAAUCAUCAGGUGUAUGCUGAGGGGUUGGGGCGGGGCUAGGAUCCACAACCGGAACAAUGACAGGACUCUGACAAUUUGUGCUCGUCAUAUUCUUAAAAAGAAUCUUUGCUUAUCAUCAUGAAGGUGAUAAAAAGACAUUUAGGUGUUCUCAUUGAUGAUGCAAUUGACGGAUGGAGGGAGGGAGGGAGGGA